AUGUCGAAUGUCGCCAGUACGUUCAAACACGAUUACAUAGGCGGUGGAAAGUACCGCGUCGUCCGGAGGCUCGGCAGCGGGUCUUUCGGCGAGAUAUUUCUCGGGCUCAACGUUAUCAACGGCGAGGAGGUGGCAAUAAAAUUUGAAAGUGCAAAAGCUCGCCAUCCUCAGCUACAGUAUGAAAGCAGACUUUAUAAAGUAUUACAAGGAGGAGUUGGAAUACCACAUAUGAGAUGGUUCGGAUUAGAGAGGAACUACAACAUCUUAGUGAUGGACUUACUGGGUCCAUCAUUGGAAGACCUAUUCAAUUUUUGUUCACGGCGGUUUACACUUAAAACAGUGCUUAUGCUUGCCGAUCAAAUGAUCAGCCGUAUCGAGUAUGUACACUGUAAAAGUUUUAUUCAUCGUGAUAUUAAACCGGACAACUUUCUUAUGGGAAUUGGACGUCAUUGCAAUAAAUUGUUUCUUAUUGAUUUUGGAUUGGCUAAAAAAUAUAGAGAUAUGCGUACAAGAACGCAUAUUUCGUACCGUGAGGAUAAAAAUCUUACAGGAACAGCCCGUUAUGCCUCUAUCAAUGCUCAUUUAGGAAUUGAACAGAGCCGUCGGGAUGAUAUUGAAUCCUUGGGAUAUGUACUUAUGUAUUUUAAUAAAGGAUGUUUGCCAUGGCAAGGAUUAAAGGCAGCAACUAAAAGGCAGAAAUAUGAAAAAAUUAGUGAGAAAAAAAUGUCAACACCUGUCGAAUUCCUAUGCAAGGGACUGCCAGCAGAAUUUGCCAUGUUCCUAAACUACAGCAGAGGUUUAAGAUUUGAAGAAUCACCAGACUAUAUGUACUUGAGACAAUUAUUCCGCAUUCUAUUUAGAACGUUAAAUCACCAAUAUGAUUACAUCUUUGAUUGGACCAUGUUGAAACAAAAGGAGUACAAUAAUGAUGGACAAAGUGCUGCUGUACCACAAGGCGGCUCACCUGUGUCCGGCGCGGCUGCAGCUGGUGGACCACAACCAUUUCCCCCCCAGACGUCAGCUACCCUAGCUACUGCGAACCAGGCGAGCAAGAACUGA